UUUUCAGGAACUGAAGAGGGCGUCAAAGAUGUUGAGGAGAAGAUGUACACUCUGCAAGACGAAAUAAAGGAGAAGAGGUUCGUCAUUUCCACCCCUGGAAUGCGAAACUUCUUGGCCCAGGAUGCAGGCAAACGGUUGAUUGAAACCGUUGAACGAGAUUGCAAGUGUGUCAUUGAGAUAACAACAGAAACCGAGGAACUCGAUGAAGACUACACCUUUUUCACCUCAGAGCGGAAAAAGAUGACCUGGAGCAUAGGGAAUAUAGCAAACGAACAGGCUGACGUGUUAGUAUGUUCUGUGGGGUCAAAGUUCAAUCUUGACAUUGGUGCGAUUAAAUGCCAUGAGCAAAGCUGCUGGUCCAACGUUACGGGAAGAGUUAAGGAAGUUGAAAGAGACGACAGCUGACAUGGGUGAAGGAGACAUUGUUCACACGGUUGGCGGAAAUUUGUGCUGCCGUCACGUUAUUCACUGUGUAUGUUGCCCAUGGAAAGGAGAUACUGAGCAAGAAGAGAUUCUAAGGGAACUGUUUCAAAAGUGCUUUGACAAGGCGUCCGAAUUGGGUGCUCACUCAAUUGCUUUACUACUUGUAGGAACAGGUAACCUUGGUUUCCCAUACAAAACCACCAUCCACAUUAUGAUUCAGGCAGUUGUUGAUUACAGUCAGGCAAAUCCAGAGUCACCCUUACAGGAGUUCCGAGUUGUAGUGUUCAGUGGGGAUCAGAAAGGAAUUACAGCUUUCGAAGAGACGUUUAAAGAGUUCAAGAAGGAACAUAUGCCAGUGCUGAAGCCCUUGAAAGCGAGAAGCUCGUAAGAACAAACCAAUUCCUAUUACAUCCGAUUUCAGAUGCAAAGCAAUUCGCAUAGGAAACAUCGAGUUAAAGGUUGUGACAUCGAGACAUCACCAAGAAAAGCUCCGAUGCAAUCUGUAAUCUUGACAUGAGCAGUGGAAAUUUAAGCAAAGUCAUCUCUACAGCCUGUGGUAGCACAGUCGAAGAGGAGUUAAAGUCGAAAGCUCCUCGGCGUCCAGGAUCUGUUGUGACCACUUCUGCUGGACGCUUGUCUGCAAAACAGAUCGUGCAUAUGGUUGCGGGAUCUGGAACGAAACAGCAUCUUCAAACAUGCGUGGAGAAAGCUGUCAAAGAAGUCGAUUCCUUAGGCUUGGUGUCAGUGUCCAUUCCAGCGGUUGGUAGUGGUGGA